AUCAUUGUCAGUUUUGCUUUAUAAUCGAAAUGAAGGUUGUUAUUGUGUUAGCUUGCCUUGUGUUGGCUACCGCCAGUGCAGGCACCUUGGAAUCGGUUUCACGGCCUGGAUUCCCAGAGGGUCGCAUUAUCAAUGGCAAACAGGCAAAGAAAGGCGAAGCUCCGUUUAUUGUUUCGCUCAAGUACAUGGGUGAACAUUUCUGCGCUGGAUCCAUUAUCAAUCCACAUUGGGUGCUGACGGCAGCACAUUGUUUAAUCUACCAUUAUAUCCAAGCUAUCGCCGGAUUACAUGCUCGAGACGAUGAAUCCAACAUCCAACUCCGCUAUAUUUUUGGUGAACACUACAUGUUCCCUCACGAAUUGUACGAGGGUAACGUCGGUCCCUAUGAUAUUGGUCUCAUUUACAUUUCGGAACCUUUUGACUUAAACGUUGUGGCCCGUGCUAAUCCUGCUCCCGUCUCGUUGAUCAAUUUGCCAUCUGGCAAAUAUGAACAAAUCGGCAGAGGUAAGCUAUAUGGAUGGGGAAGGGAUAAUAGCGGUACGCUUUCUAAUGUCCUGCAGACAUUGGAUGUGGACAUCAUUGGUUAUUCUGAGUGCAAAGCUGCAUUGCCUAGCUCGUCGAAAAUAGCGCAAGGCAAUAUUUGUACUUAUACCGAGGGUCUGACUGAUGGCGCAUGCAAUGGCGACUCCGGCGGUCCAUUGAUUAUCGAUACAAAGGAAGGCAGGGAGUUGGUUGGCAUUGUGUCGUGGGGUUACACACCUUGUGAUUGGACAUGGUACCCGUCGGUCUACACCCAAGUAUCAUCAUACCUUUCGUGGAUCGAUGGUAUAAUCAAAAAUAACUUCACUUAAAAAUGGAUAAUAACAUUAAGUAUGUCACGGAAUGGGUUACAAUUGUAAUAAUUUUGAGACAUUGGAAUAAAAAUACACUCCUGGCUGAUGUAAAAUUAGCCCUUGA